AUGAGUAAAACUCAAGUAACAUUAAUUGAAUUGUUUAGUAAAAAUGGAGUUUCAGUAACAGACCGUGGUUCAUCUUCAGUAGAACCAGAACGUGUAGAACCAGAACGUGGUUUGUCUUCAUCUUCAUUACAAACAGAAUGUGGUUUAUCAUCAUCAGUAGAACCAGAACGUGGUUUGUCUUCAUCUUCAUUAGAAACAGAAUGUGGUUUAUCGUCAUCUUCAGUAGAACUAGAACGUGGUUUAGAUUCAUAUCAAAAUAAUAUUACCGUAAUACAACGAACAUUACUAGAUGAUUCAGAAUGUGAAAUCAUUGGUAAAGGUAAAAAUCAUAAAUCAAUAAAUUUGUUAAUUGAUCAUAAUUGUAUUUCUGUCAUUGCUGAAGGUACUGAAAAACAACGUAUAACAUCUGCUAGCUCCAAGCAUCGUACCAAAUAUCUAUCUCAAUGGGAAAAGAAAGUCGAAGCACAAUUUAAAACUUUCAUUUUUGACGAUUUUGGUGGUAAACAUGAAUCAUUUAUGUGCUGAUAUAUCGAUAAUUUUGAACCUAAAACAGCUUAUUAUGGUUUAAUUGAUCUCGAAGGUGAUGGUACAGCAAGUAAUAUUGUUAAAUCACUUAGUUCUCUAUGGCAAAAGGAUGAUAUACAUGUUUCAAAAACUUGCUGGUUGGCGACAGACAAUGCUAGCACGUUCACCGGAGUACAUGAAGGUGUUGUAGCUAAAAUACGUCGUGAAUUUGCUUGUGAUUGGUUGGAACUGAAUCCAUGUGCUGCACAUACAUUUUCUUUAGUAGGUUCUCAAUCACUAUUGGCUUAUCUACAAGAAACAACAAGUGAUGUUAUAUUGUCUGCUGCUGAACGUGAAUCAGCAAAAAAUUUAUUAAAAUCUAUUCUGAACGAUGAAUUCUUAUUUAAUUUACAUUUUCAUUAUGAUCUUCAUGAAACUGUUCUAGCUCCAUUAACGAAGAUGAUGCAGAAUGAUAAGAUUUCUUAUUUUUCUUUGAUGGAAAUGAUCAAAGAAAAAAGAAAAAUUUUAGAAAAUUGGACAUAUUAUCAUUCAACAUCAACACUCAGUCCUGCAUUAUCAGAAUAUAUUCUAUUGACAACUGAAGCAUUAUAUGGAAGUUUUAAAAUAAAUUUAGGUGAUCGUAAAAAAUUUUUGAAUGAUUGUCUGGAACAUAUUCAUCGACUUCUACGAGAAUUAGAUCGACGAUUUACUCCAUCUAAAGUUCAAGAAAGUUUAUCUAUAUUAUUUGAUCCACAAUAUUUACUAACGAACAAGAAAAAUAUUGGUUGUCUUAAUUAUGGUCGAGCUGAACUUGAUUUUCUUCGUCAAAAAUACAAAAAAUUUCCUGGUUUUGAUUCAAAUAUUGUUCGUAAUGAAUGGGAGUCUUUCAAACAGUCUUUAAGUGAUUUCACUACAACAAAUAGUGAUUUUCUACGUCAAUAUAAUAAUAUUUUGUUCUUGAUGAAUAUCUAUUUAAUUUCGCCAACUAAUUCUGCUGAAUGUGAGAGAGGUUUUUCUGCUAUUAAUCGUAUUCAAGCAACAGGAAGAUCACGUUUAAAGAUUUCAACAUUAGAUAUUUUAAUGACUGUAAGAAUGUUGUUAAAAGAUGACUUAAGAAGUCCGAGAUGUCAACAAGUUGUUAAUAAAGCUUUUGAAUCUUGGAAUGACAAUGAUUACAAUCGUCGUUAUCAUCAAAUGCAACUAUUACUCGACGUACCAGAUGACUAUACACCAGUAAAUCAAGUUCGUUCAGUUUCCAAGCGAAGUCGGGAUCGUCUUCAAUCAGAAUUCGUGAACAAGAAACAGAAAACAAAAUCAAAACAUAUAAAAUGUGCUAAUGGUUGUAAACGAGAAGUUUCUGAAACUGAUCCAAGUCAAAAUGAAGCUAUACAGUGUUGUCAUCAAAAUGAACAAUUUCGAUGGAUUGAUUCCGAAGAGAACUGCUCAAGAUGGUUAUGCAAUUAUUGUAGAAUCAAACUUGGUAUAAAUAUUGAUUCAAUAUGGUUCUGUGAUGAUCAUGUAGAUAUGCAUCAUGAAGAAGAUGAAGAUCAAAGUUUUGAUUGA